AACGAAACUCAGCAUUCACUUGAAAACUCUCAAACUACAUAGCAUUCUUACAAUUAUUCAUUUCGUUAAUAAACACUAAAAGAGAAAAUGUCAUCCAUAGGAGCAAGUUACGCACCAUUAUAUCUUAUGCAGAAGCAGCUCAAGGAGAAGAAGAUGAUAAAGAGAGAAAAGGAGAGAGCAGAUAAAGCCCAAAGUCUCGCUGUCGGUGAAAUCUCUUUGGACACAGGAAGGAAGUCUAACAAAAUCUACCCUUCCCGCUCAUCUUACAGUGAACACGUAGAGAGACCAAAUCACAAGAGUAAAAUCUAAAGUAAGGAAGAGGACUGAUUCAGACAUAUCUCCAUGUAACUUGUCUUUGUAUGUAACAUGUUUAUAUAUGUGUGUAUAUGUGUAUAUUGGGAUGGGUCUAAAACAUAUCUUGGUGUUUAUAUAUAUGUGAGUUACUUGGUGUCCCCUUGUCUGAGUGUUAAGAGGUUGUUGUAUGCAAGAUGUAUAUGUUAAUGGAUCUGUAAUUUUACUUGACGAUUAAUAGUAUUGGCUUUUCAGUA